CUUUGGCUGAUCUAGUCAACAAUUGGGUUACUACAAGCAUGGAGGAAUAUAUAGGAUCAGCCAAUAUCGAUUGGAAACUAACUAGGGGAAACAACCGUGACGAAGUUAUACAUGUUAUAAGCCAUGAGUUCAUGACUGAUCUCUAGCACCCGGCGACAUAUAAAAGCGCUUUUCAUGAGCUAAUUGACAAGCGCAGCAGGCCAGGCUGAUUAUAAUCAUCGUGGAACGACGAUCAAGUCAGAGCUAAUUGCGCGUCAAAUUUUCGCUUUGAUUACAGCGACGGAAGAGCCUGAGUACUACUGGUUUUCUAAUAAGAGAUUGAUUCCUAGUUUGUACAUUUUUCUCUGCCAUGAAGGAUGGUUUCAUUGUCCUGACAUUCUGCAGGCAAGCGAGGGAGUAAACUAACUUAAUUUGGGGGUCCAUAUUUUAUGGAAUUGCAAGGUCAUCUUGAUUUUUGUGCCCAGCGAAGUACUGUAAUGAUGAGGCUGGCAUUAAAGUAUCUUCUCUUUUUAUUGCUCGGUGGUUUUUCUCUCACAAAUAUCUAUGCAGACGAUCAAUCAGGAUUUAUAAGCAUAGAUUGUGGUUUACCUCAUGGCUCUAGCUACGAAGAGAAGAAAACAGGUUUGAAGUACAUUUCAGACGAGACUUUCAUAGACACUGGUAUAAGUAGGUCCAUACAGCCAGAGUACGAAGAGAAAUAUGUACGGCCAGCGUGGUCUCUUAGGAGCUUCCCUGAAGGAAAUAGAAAUUGCUACAAAAUUGGAGUUACAGCAGGAACCAAAUAUCUUAUCCGAGCUGGCUUCGUGUACGCAAACUAUGACGGCCAAGAUAGGCCACCAGCAUUCGACCUGUACCUUGGAACUGAUUUGUGGAUUUCUGUAAAGUUUGGAAAUUACUUGUUGGGAGAUGAUCUCCACUCGGAGAUCAUACAUGUCCCCAAGCAAAAUCAUGUCCAUGUUUGCCUCGCGAAAACAGGCGAUUCAAUUCCAUUCAUAACAACAUUGGAGCUCAGGCCGUUGGAUAAUGCAUCCUAUCCGGUGCUUGAUAUGGGGUCUUUGCUUAAAUUACUAAGGCUUGAUGCUGGUUCUGGAACAACAUAUAGGUAUGGCGACGACAGUUAUGAUCGUCUUUGGAAUUCCUUCCAGCCUGAUGAUUCGACAACUUUAAACACUUCACUUAGCGGCUUCAACCUCAACAAUACUUUUUUCCACCCACCACCGGUGGUUAUGACGACUGCUUCCACUCCGAAAAACGGAGAUUCAUUGGAUUUUAAUUUUGUUCUUGAAGCUGAUUACAGCAUUGCUUCCCAAUGUUAUGUCUACAUGCACUUUACCGAAAUCGAAAAGCUUCAAGCCAACCAAUCUAGACAACUCCAGGUUUUUCAUAAUGGAAAGCUCUUCUAUGGACCAUUUUCUCCUCUUUCCGCAGUAACAACAACAAUAUAUAACCGAAAAAGUAGUUUAAUCGGAAGAGUGCAUAACUUUUCAAUCUCUAAGACUGAAAACUCAACCCUUCCACCCAUCAUUAACGCCUUGGAGUUCUAUGUUGUACAAGAAUUCUUGCAAGCAGAAACAGACCAACAAGACAGUGAUUCGAUGGUGAUAUUAAAGUCAGCUUACGGGAUUAAAAGAAACUGGCAAGGAGAUCCAUGUCUCCCCAAAAUAUAUUCGUGGGAAGGUGUAGACUGUAGCUAUGACGAUGAUGGUCAGCUACAGGCACCAAGACUCAUAUCCUUGAACUUAUCAGCAUCUGGAUUAGUCGGUGAUAUACCUUCUUCCAUAUCCAAUCUCACAAUGAUACAAACUCUGGAUUUAUCAAACAACAACUUAACGGGAUCAAUACCAGACUUUCUGUCUGAAUUACCAAAGAUGAAACUCCUAAACUUAGAAAACAACAACCUUAGAGGUCCAAUUCCAGCUGAUCUAGCACAGAAAUGGAAGGAUGGUUUUCUUUCCUUAAGUGUGUGCGGAAAUCCAAAGUUAUCUUCAACAGUUUCUUGCAAAAGGAAGAAGAAGAAAAAUGUUGUCCUUCCUGUGACAGCAUCAGUUGUUGGAGCAUUCAUUCUGGUGUUAAUUGUGGUAGCAACUUGGUGGGUAUUCCUAACUAAGAAAAGACAAGAUGCAAAAUCCACCAGCCAAGAUAGAUCAUUGGGUGCAAGAAAACAAAAAUUCAAGUACUCGGAGAUGGUAAAUAUUACAAACAAUUUUGAGAGAGUUCUUGGCGAAGGCGGCUUCGGAAAAGUAUAUUAUGGCUGCAUAAACAAUACACAAGUAGCUGUGAAGACGCUCUCUGUAUCAUCGGUUCAAGGAUACCAUCAAUUUCAAGCAGAGGUUAAUCUUUUGAUGAGAGUUCAUCACAAGAACCUGACAAGCCUUGUUGGAUAUUGCAACGAUAACGAUAAAAACAAAUUGGCGCUUAUCUACGAGUACAUGGCCAAUGGAAACUUGCAACAACAUUUUUCAGGUAGAAACUCAAAUAUUUUGAAAUGGGAAGACAGACUUCUAAUUGCAACAGACGCAGCACAAGGAUUGGAGUAUCUACACUAUGGUUGUAAGCCUCCUAUAAUUCACAGAGACGUGAAGACCUCAAAUAUCCUGCUCAAUGAAAAUUUACGAGCGAAAUUAUCUGAUUUUGGGCUAUCCAGAAUUAUCCAAAACUGUAAUGAGACUCACGUAUCUACUGUAGUUGCUGGUACUCCUGGGUACCUUGAUCCUGAAUACUACAUGUCAAACAGGUUAAAUGAGAAAAGUGAUGUAUAUAGUUUUGGAGUUGUACUGUUAGAGAUCACCACAGGUCGACCCGCCAUAUCAAAAUCAUCUGACAACGCUCACGUUAUCCAAUGGGUUAAGCAGAUGCUUCAAAAUGGCAACAUUCAAAGUAUUGUUGAUCCAAGAUUAGAGGGGAAUUUUAAUGUUAACUCGGCGUGGAAAAUUGUUGAAACAGCAAUGAACUGUGUUUCUCAGUAUUCUGCAGAAAGGCCAACAAUGAGUCAGGUAGUAGGAGAACUAAAAGAAUCAAUGGAAAUAGGGCUUGUACGGUCAAGGGAUACGGAUCCAAUGAUGCCUUUGAUGAGCAUUAAUUUUAGUGCUGAAAUCAGUACUCCCUCAGCUCGGUAGUAUUACUAAAACUUUGGCUUCGAUUAUCGAAAGUUGUAUCUUUGAUGUCCGAGACAUGUUUUAUGCAGUCAAAUAUAGUUUUUAAACUUCUUGAAGGUCCUUCAUUACUGGGACUUCUGUGUCUGCUAUUUGCUUAUGUGACAUAGAUUCUUCCUUAAUAAAAUGGAAAUCUUGUUUGUAUAGUUCAUUUUUAUUAAAUAAUUCCUUAGUGUGUC